AUAUGAUAAAAACGAACGGCGUUUGGCCCAAUAAAUGUUGCAGAAGAAUACAACUUCGACAUGUCAGGUCGGCUAAAUUUCAUUUUUCUCGGUUGUUUAACGACGUUAUUAACGAGCUGCGUUGCUCAGGAUAUUCUAGGAUGCGGAGGUUUUUUGAAAAGUCAUGCUGACAUCGAUUUUACAAAGGUGUAUGUCAAACUAUAUACCAAGACUGGCAGUCUAAAGGAUCAGACAGAAUGUGCACCUAAUAAUGGCUAUUAUUUUCUUCCCCUCUAUGACAAGGGUGAAUACAUAUUAAAAGUGGACCCUCCUAGGGGUUGGAGCUUUGAGCCUACAGAAGUAGCAUUAAAUGUAGAUGGUAUUACAGACGAUUGUAGUCAAGGAAAAGAUAUUAACUUUACAUUCAAAGGAUUUGGCAUUACAGGACGUGUGAUUAGUUUAGGUACUGACUCUGGUCCCAAAGGAAUCACCAUAUCUUUAUAUACAGAAAGCAAUAAGCAAGUUCCAGUUAGAUCAACAGUCACAACAGAUGGUGGCAUAUUUUAUUUUACUCCUAUUCAGCCUGGAAAAUAUGUUCUUGUUGCGACUCAUUCUAAAUGGAUAAUAAGAGAAAGUACAGUCGAAGUAACUGUGCAAGAGGGGAACACAGAGCUCCCAGAUGGUAGUCUGGUAGUGUCUGGAUAUGAUGUCAAUGGCAAAGUUACGAGUGAGAACGAGCCAGUGGCUGGUGUAUCUUUCAUCCUUUUUGGUGAUGGCGUCGCAAAGAAUUGCGACACUACGCCUGUGAACAAGGACUUUGAGUCCAAGAAACCGCUUUGCCAUGUCAUUUCGGAUCAGGGCGGUAGAUUCGUGUUUCCCAGCUUGUCACCAGGCGAAUACAAGCUCAUACCUUAUUACGCCGGUGCGCAGACAAAAUUCGACGUUCAACCGCAGGAACUGGCUUUCAAAGUCAGCCACAGCAGCGUGCUCCUUGCGCAGGAUUUCAAGGUAACUGGCUUCACGGUCGGCGGCCUUGUCCGCAAUUCCGUGAACGGAAGUCCUUUGGCCGGAGCGAAGAUAUUCUUGUCGCAGAAGGAAGUGGCGGUCACGGACAAGAACGGGAAGUACGUGUUGGAUAAUAUGAAAGCCGGCCAGUAUACGCUCAGAGCGGAGUCUGCGAACGUACAAUUCAGCGAGAAAACGGUGAAGAUAUCUCCGAGUUCGCCCGAACUUCCAGUGUUGGCACCUUCAGCGUACAAAGUGUCGGGCAAGGUAACGCUUUCGGCGAAGGGGACGCUACACUUCCGCAAACUGUCCAUUCAGAAUACUGCCACUAGUUUCUACAAGGAACUUAACACCGACGAGAAAACUGGGGAGUUCUCAGUGUACCUCGUGCCAGAUAAGUAUCAGCUGAGCGUGAUUGUCAGUACGGAAGAGAAAGCUAAAGGCUUACAAUUCUAUCCGCUGCAGCAGACGAUCGCUGUGACGUCCCAACCGAUCACCAACGUCAACUUCUUGCAACUGAAGGCUACAUUAACGGGUACGGUACAUUGUUUGCAGGGGACAGAUUGCAGCCAUGCCUCCGUCACUCUGAAGAUACUCGACGGAGUGACGAUCAAAACGGUGCAAGCGAAAGUCAUCUUCCAUUACGCAGACGGCCAAUAUCAGUUCACGGACGUGUUGCCCGGCCACUACGAAGUGCUGAUCGACAACGACGUGUUCUGCUGGGAAAAUCCCAGUUACAGGGUCUCGAUAACGUCGGAGCGCGCCGAAGUACCGCCGUUCAAGCAGACUGGCUUCUCCAUUACCUUCAUAUCUUCCCACGACACGACAGUGGCGUACUCCGAGCCUAACAGCACCAAACUGAUAAUUCUGCCGUUGAAUAAAGGCAGCACGAGGCAUUGCGUGCCGAAGUCGGGAACGUACACCUUCAUCCCGAAGGGCUGCCACGUAUACGACAAAUCCUUUUACACGUGGGACACGAACAAUCUCACUCCGAUCUUGCUGCACUCCACUGAGCAUACUCACAGAGGCAGUAUCGUAAGCACGGGCGUGCAAAGCGGUCUCAAAGUUAAAAUUGAAGAUGCGAGCAACAAUAUCACGAUUGGACCAUUGAAGCAUGUGAUGAAAGACGGCAUGUACAAGUACGAGUUCGAGUUUAAAGCGAAAACGGACAAUAUGUACACUAUCAUUCCGCUGUCGGACAUUCUGCUGUUUAAUCCGCCGUCUUUAAAGGUCAUCGGCGUGAACGACUGUCAUAAUGACAUUGCGACUUUCGUCGGCGACCUGGGAAAGAUCAUAGCCGGAGAAAUCGUGCCACCUUUGGAAGGCGUGACGAUACAGAUCUUUGGCAAGGAUAAAGAAUCGCCAAUUCACACGUUGGUCACAGAGAAGAGUGGCGUUUACAGCGUCGGACCACUGGAUGGCAAGAUUGAAUACAGUGUUACAGCUGAAAAGGAGGGUUUUGUGAUCACUGAGACCGAUAAGAAAGGAGUGUUCUGGGCGCACAAAUUGGCCGAGAUCAUUGUCGAAGUUUCCGACCGCGCUGACAAUUCCUCAUUGCAGGGCGUGCUACUUUCUUUGUCCGGUGGCCAAAGUUACCGCAAGAACAGUAUAACCGGCGAGGGUGGCAAAUUCAUGUUCAACUCGCUAUCUCCGGGCGAAUAUUAUCUUCGGCCAAUGAUGAAAGAGUAUCGCUUCGACCCGCCGUCGAAGAUGAUCAAUGUCGAGGAGGGGGAGACCGUCAAAGUGUACUUGUACGGCAACAGGGUCGCAUACAGCGCCUAUGGCUCUGUGACUUCUUUGAACGGGGAACCCGAAGUAGGUCUGUUGGUCGAGGUUCAAGGUCAAGGAGAUUGUUCCGAUCUGCAGGAGGAGGCCACGACCGAGGAGAAUGGAAACUUCCGGAUCCGUGGUCUUCAACCUACGUGCACCUACGUAUUCCGUUUGAAGCCGAACGCAAAGGUGAACGCUCAUAUACAACGCACGAGCCCCAGCUCACAGUUGGUGCAGCCGGUGGAGGACGUCCACGGUCUACGACUGAUCGCCUUUCACCCCAUUUCGCGCACAGACGUCGCGGUACACGUGACGUCCGUCCAGCCGGAGCAUUACCGUACGAUCAAAGUGAAACUUUGUCCAGACGAUGCGCCUGAUUCACCGGUGCACAUCUCUAAGCUGGAUGCGCAGCAGACCAGUAAAAUCACCAGCGGCUACAACGCCGGCUUCCUCGUCCAUUUUCCGCCGCUGCAGACCGACGGCCGCAGAUAUUUCGUGCAGCUAGAGUCCUCGCUAUCGCAGUCCGUGCACAAGUACCAUACCAUGCCGAUAUACUUCGAGGCGAACUCGUCGUUCAAGUACAUGAAGCUGACGUUCAACGCAGAACGUAAGAUCGACCAGGCCGACAUGAAUCAGACGUCGGUGGUCGCGCUGCCGUUCAUCAUAUUGGUCGGCCUGGCUUUCUCCAAUCGCGAUACCCUGUGGACUUGGCUGAACGCCUUGCUCGACAAACGCUCGAAACCCGUACCGAGCUCAAGAGCGCCCGUUCAAGCCAUCCCCAUCGACCCCAGAGCGGAUGAUAUCAUAGUCGAGCAAAUAAUGAACGUUAACAAGAGGAAGACAAAGCCGCGGAAAGCGUAAGUCAUUUUGUAUCACUCGACAUCAUUGGCAACGGACAUUUUCUUCGCAUAUUAUAAGUCAUACACCGUGUCUCAAGCAAAGAAACCUUACGUCGAGAUUUCGUACGCAAAGAGAUUUAGAGAUCUUACGCUGAUUAUGUUUCAUGUGUCUAAUCACCACGAUACAUAUUCGUCGUGACGAUUAUGUGUGCGCUAUCGAAAUUAUCAGCUCGAUAUACUUGAUGUGUAUUUAAAACUAUUAAUGUUUAUACAAUGGGUUGUAUAAAUUUAUAUCGCGGAAUCGCAUCGCAUUCUGCUGUAAAGAUACGGUUGUCUCCUGCGGAGUUAAUUUGCGAGUAUUCAGGAAACUCGACAACGUGAUAUUUUAAUGCAAAACCUUAAGAUAUAACAUGAAAUGCAAAUGUAAUGCGCAAGGAUGUUCACGAUUGAAAGGAUUGUUCGAUACGUAAAUUCUUAUAAUAGUCGAGUUAUUUAAAGUAAGAUGUACAUAUAUGAAAAGAUUGUUAUAUUAUAUAAUAUUCACGGACCUCCAUUA